CAAGGUCUACAAAUUAGCUGUGUUAGCAAUCCCACAGCUCACUCGGUGGAAUAUGCGGCGUGACGUAGUAUUCAUUAGACAUCGAUCACAAAGGAAAGUAUUCUCCUGAGGCUUGUCUGCUAUUGUGAGCCCCUAUUGGGGGUGAAACAGAGGAGCCAUGGGGGCCGGAACGCAGGUCAGACUCCUGCUGUGGAAGAACUGGACUGUCCGCAGGAGGCAGAGGGUGCGUUUCUUCAUGGAAAUCAUGUGGCCUAUUAUUUUGUUUGUGGGGCUUGUGUGGCUUCGAAGAGUGAAUCCUCUUUACCGUCAGCACGAAUGCCAUUUUCCCAAUAAGGCCAUGCCUUCAGCAGGGGUCUUACCGUGGAUCCAAGGAAUCUUCUGUAAUGCGAACAACCCUUGUUUCCAGUACCCCACCCGUGGUGAAUCACCUGGUUUUGUGUCCAACUACAAUAACUCAAUAUUAGCUCGCUUCUACAUGGAUGCACAGGAGCUGCUUUUUAGCGAUCCGAAGCUUCUACCCAUGGGGCGAUUUUGGCAUGAAGUGAGAGCCAUGAGUCACUUAAUGGACACAUUGCGUACCCAUGCUGACAAAAUCACAGGCAGAGGAAUAGAGGUGGAGACAAUCCUAAAGGAUGAUGAAACUCUCACGUCACACCUUUUGAGAGAUGUUCCAUUAACUGAAACCGUGGUCAAUCACCUUGUCCGUGCCCAAAUCAGGCCUGAGCAGUUUGCCUUUGGAGUUCCAAACAUGCGUUUAAAGGACAUUGCCUGCAGUUUGAACCUAUUGGAUCAGUUCCUCAUUUUCCCGAGUCGUGGGGCGCUUCUCGACGUCCGCAACGCUAUGUGUAUCCUUACUGCUCAGAGGCUGCAGAUCAUCGAGGAUAAGUUCUAUGCCAACGUGGACUUUUUCAAACUCUUUCGUGUGCUUCCUCGCAUUUUGGACCGUAAUUCAGAAGGCAUCAACAUUCACUUUUGGGUCCAGGUGGUGUCUGCUGCCUCAGACAAGCUACAAGAGUUGUUCCAGAGAAGCAGCACCCGGGAUCUCUUCCAGGUCAUGACUCCUCUCUUCCAGAGUGAGCCAUCCUUCAAGCAGGUAAUGGCUGCUGCUUCCAGCCUCAUUUGCGGCUACACUGGUGGCGGUUUCUCCAGAGUGGCUUCCUUUAACUGGUAUGAGGACAACAACUACAAAGCUUUUCUUGGCAUAAGCACUGGCAGAAGAAAGAGCCAGCACACCUAUGACAACAGCACUACUCCUUUCUGCAACGAUUUGAUGAGCGAACUGGAAUCCAACCCUGCCACUAGGAUCGUGUGGAACUCCCUUAAGCCCAUGUUAAUGGGAAAGAUCUUAUACGCGCCUGACUCACCUGCUGUCAGAAUGAUCAUAAGAAAUGCCAACAGUACAUUUGAAGAGUUGGAAAGGCUAAAAACAAUGGGCAAGGCAUGGGAGGAAAUGGCGCCACAGAUCUGGGCCUUUUUCCAAGAUGGCGUGCAAGUCAAAAUGAUACGGGAUACCUUCCGAAAUCCAUCAGUAAUGGAUUUCAUUGACCGUAGUCUUGGGGAAGCUCUGUUCUCCACCAAGCACAUUCUCAACUUCUUGCACAAUGGUCCGCCAGAGGAGCGCCUUGAAAGUAUGCCUGAUUUUGAUUGGCGUGAUGUUUUCAACCUUACUGACCGUGUCAUUCAGAUGCUCAAUCAAUAUGGAGAUUGUAUAAUCCUGGAUAAAUUUGUGGCUUUGCCUAAUGAGGACACUGUAACUUAUCGGGCCUUGGACUUACUGGAGGACAGCAAAUUUUGGGCGGGUCUCAUCUUUGUUAACAUGCACCCUUGGACUACCAAAGUCCCACCUCAUGUGAAGUUCAAGAUUCGCAUGGAUAUUGAUUCUGUGGAGCGUACCAAUAAAGUCAAAGACAGGUAUUGGGAUCCGGGCCCAAGGGCGGAUCCUAUGGAUGACCUGCGCUAUAUUUGGGGAGGUUUCGCUUAUCUUCAGGACAUAAUAGAACACGGGAUAAUUCGGACACAGACUGGGAAAGAGUGGCCUUUGGGUGUUUACCUGCAACAGAUGCCCUACCCUUGUUAUGUGGAUGAUCUCUUCAUGCUCACACUGAGCCGCUGCUUUCCCAUCUUCAUGGUGCUGGCCUGGGUCUAUUCUGUGUCCAUGACAGUCAAAAGUAUAGUUCUUGAAAAGGAACUCCGUCUUAAGGAGACUCUCAAAGUGAUGGGAGUUUCAAACGGUGUCAUCUGGUCCACUUGGUUUAUUGACAGCUUUCUAAUGAUGGGUACUAGUACUGCUCUCCUUACAGUCAUCAUCAUGGGAGGAAGAGUACUAAACUACAGCAACCCCCUCAUCCUCUUCUUCUUUCUGCUCACCUUCACCACAGCCACUAUCAUGCAAUGCUUCCUCCUCAGUGUCUUCUUUAACCAGGCCAACCUGGCAGCAGCCUGCUGCGGUAUCAUUUAUUUUGCCCUCUAUCUUCCACACCUCUUCUGCUUUGCUUGGCAAGAUCGCAUCACCAAAGACAUGAAGAUCCUGGUGAGUCUUUUGUCCCAAGUUGCCUUUGGUUUUGGGACUGAAUACCUAUCCCGUUAUGAGGAGCAAGGUCAGGGUCUACAGUGGGACAAUAUCCAGACCAGUCCUCUGGAGGGAGACGAGUUCUCAUUCCUUACCUCUAUCUGCAUGAUGAGCCUGGACACUCUGCUUUAUGCUGUACUAGCCUGGUACUUGGAUAACAUCUUUCCUGGUCAGUAUGGAAUUGGUCGACCGCUUUAUUUCCCCUUCAUGCCAUGUUAUUGGCUCAACACUGUCACUCCAGCUUCAGACAACAAUAAAUAUGAAGGGUCCAAAAAAGGAUUUAACAACCUGACAUCCAACGAUCAAGAGGAUCCACAUAAAAAAGAGGAGCAGGAAAACCAGGAGAAACCAAAGAAGAUGCAGCAAGAUGCAGCGGGUCCAGAGAACCAGAUAAACGGCCAGGUGUUCUUUGAGGCAGAACCUGCUGACCUGGUUAAGGGUGUUUGUAUCCAGAACCUUGUCAAAGUGUUCGGUAGUAGCUCCAGGCCUGCUGUCAAUGGCCUCACUCUCAGCUUCUACGAGAACCAAAUCACUGCCUUUCUUGGACAUAAUGGAGCUGGCAAGACUACCACUAUGUCCAUUUUGACUGGUAUGUUCCCGCCCACCUCAGGCACAGCUUCCAUUUACGGAAAAGACAUCCGCACAGAUAUGGACACCAUUCGUCUGUCUCUAGGAAUGUGCCCACAGCACAACAUUCUUUUUCACUAUAUGACGGUGGCCGAGCAUAUCCUCUUCCACUCAUUGCUCAAAGGCCGUCCAAUAGCAGAAGCCGAGGAAGAGGUUGAGAAUAUGCUACAAGAUCUCGGUCUACCACAUAAGCGAAAUGAACUAACUCAAAAUCUUUCAGGUGGUAUGCAGAGAAAACUAUCAGUUGCAUUGGCAUUUGUUGGUGGAGCAAAGGUGGUGAUCCUGGAUGAACCCACUUCAGGGGUGGAUCCUUAUUCCAGACGCUCCAUAUGGGAUCUGUUACUCAAAUAUCGUACAGGUUGUACAGUGAUUAUGUCCACCCACCACAUGGAUGAGGCGGACCUCUUAAGUGACCGGGUCGCUAUUAUCUCUCAAGGGCGCCUCUACUGCUGCGGCUCACCAAUCUUUCUCAAAAAUUGCUUUGGCGCCGGCUUCUACCUCACUCUUGUGCGAAGAAUGAAAUACAGCAAUGCAAAGCUGGCUGAAACUAAAGCUGAUGGUGACGUCUGUACAGAAAUCUCCUCCUGUAAGUGCUCCAAGUGUUUGAAGUUUAAAGCCAACCAAGAGGAGGGGCAGACUUCAGACAGACAAAUGGAUGGAAACAUCGAGCGCAUCACAGCCUUGGUGCAUCAUCAUGUGCCGCAGGCUCGUCUAAUUGAGGCCAUUGGCCAGGAGAUGACUUACCUGCUUCCUAGUCAUGACUUCCAACCUAGGGCGUACGCCAGCCUCUUUAGGGAAUUGGAGGAAACCCUGGAGGACAUCGGCCUUAGUAGCUUUGGCGUGUCUGACACGUCAUUGGAAGAGAUUUUCUUAAAAGUGACUGCUGAUGGAUAUGCAAGCAACAAGAAAUGCAUUCAAGAGGAUAAAUCAUUGCAGCAAAUUUCUCGAGCUAGUCUCUGUGGAUUCAACAGAGUCGCAAUUGCUAUGGAGCUACCUGAAGCCUCAGGCGAGCCUUCGGUCACCAGCCCAUGCGAUGGUCAAGAAGGUAAUGCAGGACGAGGGUCUUAUCAGGUCAGAGGUCUGUGUCUGGCUGUCAAACAGUUCUUUGCAUUGUUAAUCAAGAGGUUGCACCACACCACCCGCUCUUGCAAAGACUUCUUUGCUCAGAUUAUUUUACCAGCCAGCUUUGUUUUCCUGGCCCUUACAUUCACACUCAUCGUUCCACCAUUUGGGGAAUAUCCGAGUGUAACUCUAAGUCCUUGGAUGUAUGGCCGACAGUACACCUUCUUCAGUAAUGAACGUCCUUUGGAUGCCCAAAUGAGACAUUUUGGUGAAGUGUUGCUGGACAGGCCAGGCUUUGGGACACGCUGCAUGGCGGAUGAACCACUGGAAGAUUUCCCAUGCAACAACAUUACCACUGAGUGGGAGAGGCUCCUGGUUAACCCCUCGGUGGUUGAGCUCCUGUCUGGCCCUGGCUGGAACUCCAUCAGACCAUCACCAGACUGUCAGUGCAGCACAGACAGAAAGCUCACCAUGCUGCCCACAUGCCCCGAAGGGGCUGGAGGUCUUCCACCUCUACAGAGAAUUCAGUCAACAGGAGAUGUUCUCAUGGAUCUGACGGGUAGGAACAUCUCAGACUACCUGGUGAAAACGUACCCCAGUCUCAUCAGAACUAGCUUGAAGAGCAAAUAUUGGGUGAAUGAACAAAGGUAUGGAGGAAUAUCAGUCGGAGGUCAGCUUCCCGUUCUAGAGCUGCAACCAAAGUUCAUCCAGGACUCUGCAGCCCAAUUGGGACAAAUGUUUAAUGUUACUGGGGGUGACCACAGUAAACAAACACUGCGGGAAAUAGGAACAUUCCUCAGGUACAUGGAGACGCAAAACAACGUCAAGGUAUGGUAUAACAACAAGGGCUGGCAUGCCAUGGUGUCUUUCAUGAACGUGGCCAACAAUGCCAUCCUUCGUGCAAACCUCCCAAAAGGAACUAAACUGGAUCAAUAUGGAAUCACAGCCAUCAAUCAUCCACUGAACCUCACCAAAGAGCAAUUGUCUGAAAUCACUGUUUUGAACACAUCUGUGGAUGCGGUAGUAGCCAUCUGCGUCAUCUUCGCCAUGUCUUUUGUUCCAGCUAGCUUUGUCCUCUAUCUCAUUCAGGAAAGAGUCACUCAGGCUAAACAUCUACAGUUCGUCAGUGGUGUCAGCCCUCUGAUCUAUUGGAUGGCCAACUUUUUCUGGGACAUGGUGAAUUACACUAUCAGUGCGCUGAUGGUGGUGCAGAUUUUCAUCUUUUUUGAUAAGAAGUGCUACACCUCAAAAGCCAAUCUGCAGCCACUUAUCGCACUACUUAUGCUUUAUGGAUGGUCCGUCACCCCGAUGAUGUACCCAAUGUCCUACAUGUUCAGUGUCCCCAGCACAGCUUAUGUGUCUUUGUCAAGUAUCAACCUCUUUAUAGGCAUCAACAGCAGUGCCAUCACUUUCAUCCUGGAUCUUUUUGAAGGUACCACGGCUUUGUACAAGUUCAAUCAGCUGCUGAAGACGGUGCUGCUCAUCUUUCCUCAUUACUGCCUGGGUAGAGGCCUCAUAGAUAUGGCAAUCAACCAGGCUGUGACUGAUGUCUUCACUCGCUUUGGUGAGGAUCAUAGCCCAGAUCCCUACAACUGGGACUUUAUUGGAAAGAAUCUAUUCUGCAUGGCAGUUGAAGGAUUCAUUUACUUCACCUUAAAUAUUUUCUGUCAGUAUCGCUUCUUCCUGGAUCAUUGGAUACCAGAUGGGCCAAAACCCUCUAUUCUAGAUGAAGACUUGGAUGUGGCCGAAGAAAGAGAGAGAAUCUAUAGAAGCGGGAAAACAAAUGACAUUUUACAUGUUUGUAAUCUCUCUAAGAUAUACACAGGAACUGUUACUCCCGCAGUGGAUCAAAUCUGUAUUGGUGUAUCACCGGGGGAGUGUUUUGGUCUCCUGGGAGUAAAUGGUGCUGGGAAGACCACAACUUUCAAGAUGUUAACUGGAGACAUCGAUGUUACCACAGGAGAUGCCUCAGUUGCAGGUCACAGCAUUUUGACCAACAUCCUGGACGUCCACCAGAACAUGGGCUACUGCCCACAGUUUGACGCCAUUGAUGAACUCCUCACAGGAAGAGAACACCUUCACCUCUAUGCUCGCCUCCGUGGGGUACCAGAGGCUGAAAUCAGCAGGAUUGCUGAAUGGGCCAUUCAAAAGCUUGGUCUGUCAGAGUAUGCGGGUCAAAGUGCUGGCACCUACAGUGGAGGGAACCGCAGGAAACUGUCCACAGCUAUUGCUAUGAUUGGCUGCCCUGCUCUUGUCUUGCUGGAUGAACCCACAACAGGCAUGGACCCACUCUCCAGACGCUUCCUUUGGAGCUCCAUCGUGAGCGUGAUCCGGGACAGACGAGCUGUCGUUCUCACAUCGCACAGCAUGGAGGAAUGUGAGGCAUUGUGCACACGUUUGGCCAUCAUGGUUAAUGGAUCUUUUAAAUGCCUCGGAACCAUUCAGCAACUCAAAUACAAAUUCGGCGAUGGUUACGUAGUGACCAUGAAGAUAAGGGCCUCCAAGUCAGGCGGCACACCUGAUUUGAACCCGGCGGAAGCCUUCAUGGAAAACACUUUCCCUGGCUGCAUCCAGAGAGAAAAACAUUACAACACCCUGCAGUACAAGAUUGCCUCCUCCUCCCUGGCAAGAAUCUUUCAGAUGGUCCUUGCUAACAAAGACAAGCUCAACAUCGAGGACUAUUCAGUUUCUCAGACAACACUUGAUCAGGUGUUUGUAAAUUUUGCCAAGCAACAGUCGAGAGAGGAUGAUGCCAUUGUUUUGCAUCCAAAAGCUGCGGGGGCCCAACAAGGUGAUCAUGGCAGCCCUGUUAGGAGACUGAAGAGAUAACGAUUUCCAUUUCAGGGGGCUCCAUGAUUUUCUUGAGAAGAUACUAAAACCAAAACUGGAGGCUGGUGUACAAUGAGUUUCAGCAUUUUUGAUAUUCAUAAAGUGCAAAUCACAACAGUACCAUGGCACAGCUGGCUUGUAUAAUGCAGAUGACCAUGAGGAAAACCUUAAAAUACCUUUGUAUACAUUGCUUCUUAUGUUUGCUUGAACUUUUGGGAUAGAUGCAAUUGACUGAAGAGUGUAGGAAUAAUGUGCCUACAAUUAGAUACUUUUUUUGCUCACCUUGUAGGCCUUGCGAGCUAAAACAGCUCUAGAUUCAGGAAAAUGAUGUGACUGAGAAAGGUCAUGUCGCUGAGUGCGAGCUUUUCAAAGAAUGAAUUGGUCCGGUUUGUCUAAACUUUUGAUGCCAAGCAAUACUUUUAUGAUUAUUUUUAUUUUUUGCCUUGCAUUAACAAGCACUCAUGGAGUAUAGAAAAAAAUAGCACUUUAAUGACCCAGCAAUAAUUGUAGCUUUUAUAUUAUGAGGUUGGUAAUCUACUUGUGCAGAAAGUGUUUUAACAAGCAUGCUGCAUUUAAGUGCUUUUUUUUUAAUGCUUAUAUGACUACAUUGA